GAGACUAACAGAACUUUUCUUUAAUUCAUCCAGGAUGGAGAACCCUUGAGUUGUAACUUCAUUCCAUUGGAUAUAAAAUUAGAUAACUGGGAAGAUUUACCAGAAUAUUUUCAACAAAAACAGAAUCGUUCAUUGAUACUGAGGUUUGUGAGAGAGUGGAAUAGUCUCACAGCCAUGAAGCAAAGAAUUAUCCGGAAAAGUGGUCAGAUAUUUUCGAGACCCAUUCUUGCUGCAGAAGAUACACUGUCUCAACAACAGGCUAAACUUGGCUGUACCAAACGGUACAUGACGAAAGAAGAUAUCACCAAAGCUUCAAUAAAGAAAGUGGACAGUAGUGGGGGCAGUGUUCGUUUAGUUACCAAACAAUCUGCAGUUCCCUUAAAAAUCCAUACUGACUCUGCUGGUGAAAAGGACCAACAUGCUGCAAAUUCAUCUUCAAUAGAUGGAAGUUGCCCAGUUUCCAGUUCAGUUCUGAGUCAAUGUGAUGCUUUUGAGGAGACCUGUGCAGGGAAAGGCUACUUGCAGGCUGUAGACGUUGAAGGGAAUCCACUUUGCCUCAGCUGCCAGAAACCAACCACUGUGCUUCAUCCGACAUCUACCUGGGACACACGAUUUUGUUCUCAUAAAUGCCAGGAUGACUUCUUAAUUCGUUCAAGUCAAAGCUACAUGAGAGCACAAGUAUUUGAAAUAGAACAUGGUGUUUGUCAAAUAUGUAGCCUGAAUGCUCAGGAACUGUACCUCACUGUCAGAGAUGCCCCAAAGAAUCAACGUAAAAGUCUUCUGGAGAGCUCUUGGAUGUCCAGGCUUCCUCUCACACAGUUGAAUGAAAUUAUCCUGAACCCAACUGAAGGUCACUUCUGGCAGGUGGAUCAUAUCAAGCCAGUUUACAGUGGGGGAGGACAGUGUUCUCUAGAAAACCUUCAGACAUUAUGCACAGUUUGUCACAAAGAGAGAACAGCAAAACAAGCAAAGGAAAGAAGUCAACUGAAGAGACACAGUCUGUCUUCAAAAUAUGGGUCUGACAUUACUAGAUUCUUUGUGAAACUCUAAAGUCAGUCACUGUAUAUUAAAGGUUGUCUACAGCAUGAACAUUUUAAUAAAAAUCAUAUACUCUGACAUGCUAUUGAACUUCUGUAAUAAGGAUCACUGUUAUGUACUCUCAGGUGUUUUUAUGCAUCAGUUUCACAUUUAGAUGAAGCAGAUUAAUAGUUAUUAUACAGUGGUUAGAGUUCUUAAUUUCAUAAUCUAUGGAAUUUGUUUUAUUCUUAAAAAAUUGUAAAUACAUUAAAACCAAUGUGCUACUCUACAGCCUAAUAUCUAUCACUUUAUUGCUAUAACUACAGGCCUCUGCAAAUCAUGUGGAUGGUAUCACCAGAUCUUCUGAAGCUGUUAUAUAAAACCUUUGACCUAUAAACCAUGGAAUUACAAUUUUUGAGCUAUUAACACCUAUGAACAUUAUCCAUUCCAUGGAAUCAAUUUCCAAAUGCAGUACUACUGUGUUGCUGCUAUAUUCAGACUCCAUUCUUACAUCAAGUGCCUAUGCUAAAUAGAUUUUGCCAUUUUGGAGUAAAGCAGAUGUUAGGGGUAUAUGCUCAGUAUAUACCAAGCCCCAUAAGUACCUGAAAAAUACCUUUUCUAAUCUGAUUUGGCUACUGAUUUAAUAUCGGCUGUUAUUCAGGCUCAGCUUCACUAGCUGAAGUGGUGCGAGUUCAUCCACCUUCCAGGCUCCUCAGGCACAGCUUGGUCUUGCAAAAGCCAUUUAAAGGGAAAAGUCCCUUUAAAUGGCUUUUGCCAAACCAUCCACAUGACUCACAGAGUUGUGCCACCACCACAGCAUGACUCUGAGUCAAGCAUUUAAACUUUAAUUACCUUCCCUCCCGAGUCGUGGCAUGCCUCAGCAAGUGAAGGGGAGGCAUUUAAACCGGUCAGCUGACAGGUAGACCUGCUGCGCUGUUCGGUUUAAAUGGGAGGAAGCCAUUCGCAGUGCUCCCUUUUGCUCCCCCCACUCCAGAGUGGGGGGGGGGAGCAAAGCAGAGUGGUUUAAUGGCUUCUUGCCAUGUAAAGGGAGCUUCGCCAAAUAAAUUCAGCAAUACCGAUUAUUUCCUGAAUCCCAAUA